AUGCCAAUUAAGGAUUUGUUAAACCUUGAUGAGGAACAAGAAGUACACCACCAGUUUACUGAUGAAGACCUGAUUCAGACUGCUACAGAAAUAGAACAGAUAGAAGAUGAAUUUGUUGCACCACCCCUAACCAGAGAAGAACAAUUGAAUAUUUUACAUUGUGCUCUAAGAAUUGUUGAUGAGAGGAUCGAUGAUGAUGGAGUGACAAUGAAAACAUUAUGCAAGCUACAAACCUGUAUCUAUUUACAAUUUGUUGCUUCGACCUCAAAAUCGAUGCCAUCUGUUUCAGCGGAAGACGAUGAUUAUUUAGAUAAUGAAGAUGCAGCUGUUAUUUCAGAUGAUUCAUUUGAGGAUUAUAAGCAAUGGAAUUCACAGCGAGAAACAAGCCCUAAAAAUUCCUGGAAACCACAACCUAAGGUUGAUAAUGAUUUUGGAAAAUUUGAACAGCAUACAAAAGGAAUUGGUUUAAAGCUUAUGCAGAAAAUGGGUUAUAAAAUAGGAGAAGGUCUUGGAGUAGAAGGACGUGGUAUUACAAAACCAAUCGAGACAAAGCUGCGGCCUCAAAAAAUGGGAUUGGCAUAUCGUGGCUUCGAUGAAAAAACGAAGCAAUCAAAAAAAGAUGCAAAAAGGCAAGAUAUUUCUAUUCACGAAGAAGAAAAUAUUAUCAAGCAAGUACCAAAAGAAAAAAAGAAUGCAUGGAAAAAAUCCAUAAAAUCCAAGAAAUUAAAUGUUGAAUAUAAGACGGCAGAUGAAAUAAUGAACGAGGCCACAUCAACAACUCCCGUACAGCCUAUGAAAAUUAUAGAUAUGACUGGCCCACAGGCUCGUGAACUAUCAUCUGCGAGCCAAAUCACCUCUCUUGCCAUCCCAGAUUCAUCUACACGUCUUCCGGAACUUCGUCAUAACCUUCGGAUAAUCGUAGACAUGUCAAAGUCAGAUCUUGAGCAUUACACUAGAGAAAGAAGGAUACAGAACGAGCGAGCAAAAGCUCUCGAAAAAGAUUUAGACAGAGUAUCAGCUUUAAUAGAGGAUGAAGACGGACGCAUAAACAGACUUAAUGAUAUCAUGUCCAUUGUCAAAGAAUGUAAUAGACUACUUACAUUAACUAUAUCUAGUAAUUCUCCUUCGUUGCAACUCUUUAUGGAUCCUUUUGAGAAGUUGCAAACCAUAUAUCAAUAUGAAUAUACAUUAUACGGUUUGGAUACUGCAGUUGUUGCAAUAGUAGCGCCAGUGUUCAAACAAUACAUGACAUUUUGGGAUCCGUUAGAAAAUCCUCAGCUUGGGCUGCAUGAGUUUCAGAAAUGGAAAGGAUUAUUAAAAACGACUAAAAUAAUGUUAUCAGAGAAUGAUAACAUGAGAGAAUUGUCAAUGACACCAUAUGAAAGUAUGAUGUACAACAUUUGGCUUCCAAAGGUCAGAUCAGCAAUAAACAAUACCUGGAAUGCGAGAGACUUUGAUCCAGCAAUUCGACUACUUGAAAGUUGGAGACCACCAUUACUUCCAGUGUUCAUUUAUGAAAACAUUAUAAAUCAACUAAUCAUGCCAAAAUUAACAAGAGAAGUUGACGCAUGGAACCCCAAAACAGAUAAUGAGAUGAUUCAUCAAUGGCUACAUCCUUGGCUUCCUGUAUUAGGUGAACGCAUGGACCCAUUGUACGUGACAAUACGUCAAAAGUUCCGUAUAAUUUUGCAAAAUUGGGAUCCUAUGAAUACUAAAGCGAUGAACAUUUUGUAUCCAUGGAAAAAUGUUUUCACACCAGAAGAUAUGCAAUUAUUUCUUGUUAAAUCUGUCUUACCAAAGCUUUCAGAAACAAUGAGAACAAGAUUUCAAAUCAAUCCUAGAAAGCAGGAAUUAGAACUUUUUAAUUGUGUGAUGACUUGGAGGCAUAUGUUUACUCCUGAAAUUUUUGGACGAUUAUUUGAAACAGCUUUUUUCCCAAAGUGGUUAGAUGUUUUAUAUACAUUAUUAACGCACAAUCCAGAUUAUGAUGAGAUAAGAGAAUGGUAUCGUUUUUGGAAGUCAAUGUUCCCCCCGGAAAUGCUUUCUGAUUUAAUUGAAGCACAAUUUAUAAAAGGAUUAAAUUUGAUUAAUGAGAGCAUUUCAUUAGGCAAUGAAUCCACCAGCAGAUUACCACACCCAUCUCAACGAGACGAGGUUCCAGAUUCAGAACAACCCUUUUUAUCAACCAAAUAUACGCCAAUUACUGAUGAUGCAGAAAUUACUUUUAAAGAGAUUGUGGAAGAAUUUGCUGAAGAACAAAAUCUUUUGUUUCUUCCAACUAAUAAAAAUCACGGAGUCUCAGGAAAACCACUUUAUCGUAUAGGACGUUCUGCAGGAGGCACCGGCGGGUUAACACUUUAUUUAGAUGACGAUGUUAUGUAUGUUAAGCAAGGACUUGAAUGGUUACCUAUGGGAUUUGAUGAAGUACUAGAAAAAUUAAUGUGA